AUGAGACAGAGCGGCGCCUCCCAGCCCCUGCUGAUCAACAUGUACCUGCCAGAUCCCGUCGGAGACGGUCUCUUCAAGGAAGGGAAGAGCCCGGGGUGGGGGCCGCUGAGCCCAGCGGUACAGAAAGGCAGCGGGCAGAUCCAGCUGUGGCAGUUUCUGCUGGAGCUCCUGGCCGACCGCGCCAACGCCGGCUGCAUCGCGUGGGAGGGCGGCCACGGCGAGUUCAAGCUCACCGACCCAGACGAGGUGGCGCGGCGCUGGGGCGAGCGCAAGAGCAAGCCCAACAUGAACUACGACAAGCUGAGCCGCGCGCUGCGCUACUACUACGACAAGAACAUCAUGAGCAAGGUGCACGGCAAGCGCUACGCCUACCGCUUCGACUUCCAGGGUCUGGCCCAGGCCUGCCAGCCGCCGCCCGCGCACGCCCACGCCGCCGCCGCCGCCGCCGCCCAGGACGGCGCGCUCUACAAGCUGCCGGCCGGCCUCGCCCCGCUGCCCUUCCCCGGCCUCUCCAAACUCAACCUUAUGGCCGCCUCGGCCGGCGUCGCGCCCGCCGGCUUCUCCUACUGGCCGGGCCCGGGCCCCGCCGCCACGGCCGCCGCCACCGCCGCACUCUACCCCAGCCCCGGCUUGCAGCCCCCGCCCGGGCCCUUCGGCGCGGUGGCCGCCGCCUCGCACUUGGGGGGCCACUACCACUAGACGGGGCGGCCGGGUGCCGUGCGGCCUCUCCCAGGCGCCCAGAGCCUCGCUCGGCCCCAUCCACACCCGGGGAAGGGGCCCGGAGCCUCCCCCACCGUUCCUUUGAUCUCAGAUUUUACUCCGUCGCCGCACCCAGCCCCGGGGGGCGGGGAGGGAAGGGACCUGAAGCCUCCUCCGUCUUCUUUUAACACUGGAUUUGCCCCCGCCCCCCGCUGUACCCUCAGCCCCCGGGGGAGAGUGACUGUGCCCCCCCCCGGCUUUCUUUAACCUCUAUCUUCUAGGUCCCAGAGCCCCGAAGGGGGUUCCCGGACCUCCCCUGUCUUUUUCUGCCCUCCACCAGUACUUCUGCCUGGCUCCUGGAAGCCCCCUCCAUUAUGAUCCCUCUUUUUCAAAUUCCAAAUCUUUUCUCGUUUUUUCUUUCCCCCGCUGAGCUGCCCCAUCCUAGAAUGAUAGCGGCCUCACAGUCCACCUGCUCCUUGACUACCCGGGCUUCACCGGACUUGGUGAGGGCCACUGCCCCUGUGGCUCAUCUAGGUAGCUUCCGGCCCCCCUUCCUCUCUCUCUCUCUCUCUUUUCUCUCACGCAGGAUGGCCUGGUGUGUUUCUAUUCCCUUCCAGACCCAUUAAAGCU